AUGGCAGCGGGUCCUACCGAGCGACAUUCGCAUCCUGUUGAGGCUGCUGCUGAUGUAGCUGCGAAAAAGAGCCUACUGCCGUCAUCGGUUUAUACCAAUUAUCUUGGUACCACGUACUUUCGGUAA